AAAGAAUUAGGCUCAGAUUUAGCCCGCAACCGGUUGAUAAUUCAAUCCCCACUUACGUUACGGUGUUAGCGAACUCCUAGAUAAGCGAUUUCACACGGUGAUAAUCCUUAAAGGUUCCCGUUCUGUUCGGUGCUAGCAGAAAAAACGAGCUAAAGAAAGCAAUAAAAUGUCGUUUGCGGACAAAAUUGCCGGGCUUAUGGCGCGUCCUGGACAGGAUAAUGUCCCGCGGGACGAUGUACCUUGGCAUCUAAAAUACGGUGGGCGAGCAACGGGAAUCGUCGGUGGAUUCUUUGCCGUCCUAUUCGGAUUGUAUAAUUGCUUAGGUAUUUUGCUCGCCGAUGUAGGAUGUCUCGUUGGUGGCAUGCUGCAGAUUCUGGUCGGUUUAGUUGUACUAGCGAUAGAAGCACCUUUCUGCUUCGCGUUUAUAGACUUUGUGCCACAGACGGCUGAAAAAAUAGAUCAACGUCCGUAUUGGAACCGUGCGGCUCUCUAUUGCGUAAUUGCCAUUCCACCAGUUAUUCUGUGUUUCGGACUGGGAAGUCUUUUUGGAUGCGGGCUCAUAUUCCUCACCGGCAUGCUGUACGGAAUGAUGUCGCUUGGUAAAAAAGCGUCGUUAUCGGAAAUGCGAGCAGCGGCAGCAACGGGGGAAGCCAGCACGUCCGCUGAACGGGGCAACGGUAUGUCGUCAGUAGAAGUCGUCGGUGGUAGCACGCCGACCAAGCAGAACUCGACUUUAGUGUAUAACGUCCAACCGAUCUCUUACAGCGCACCACCCCCAUACGAUAGCGUAGCUUAGAGAGGACGCAUGAGCGCAGGAACGAUCAUUUAGCUCAGGACAGAGACAGGAGCACGGAGAGGAGAUAGUAAAGCGAUUCCGCAAACAAAAACACCCUAGCGAACACUGAACACUGCACAGGCUUUUAGACUAAGGCGUGCUAAAGUGAUACAUUCGAAGAACAGGCCAACCGUGAGAAAAGUAACUGAUAAUUUUAAUUUGCUGAGCUUAAGAUUAAUUUGGCAUACGUUCGUACUAGCCUGAUUUGUUUCCUGGUCCCUCGUAAUUAAUAACGAAUGUUUCGGAACCAUGUACACCUUUUUUGUAUGUAGGGUAAUGUCCCUAUCCCUUAAUCUCGCCAAGAAAUGUUUCACCUGCAGCAAUGCAGUUUUUACGAGUUCGAUAAAUUAUUAGCUGAACAAAUGUUCAUCACCAAAAGAACUGUUUUGUGCGAGAUUCAAACUGUCAAUCACAUCUGGUAACGACUAUCCCUUCUUUCGUUUGGAUGUAAAAAUGCAACGAACUGCAUCACUCCCGCGCGCCCAUAGAUAGUAUUCAUUGGAAGGAGCAAAAUUAGUAUUUAAGGAGGUAUUUAUCGAUUGUCCUUGAUUCAUUUCUGUACUCCUUCUUUCAUCGUAAAUUGCCAACGAAUGACGCUCGCAAGAAGCUUUUUGAAUAUAUACAUUCCAUUCCGUCGCUUAAGCUUGGAGCGCCGUCUGAUUUACGCCCAGCUUCGUGUUUUCCAUCAGUCGGCAAUUUCUACGUUGCAUUCUUGCCCGUAACAUCCAUCGCAGUUCAUGCGGAUUGUUCUAGACGUGAGGCAUGGGUCGCUGAAUGGCCUAAUACUGUCAAACAACUAAACAAAUUGGAAGGAAAAUCACUCGUUUUAUCAAUCAGCAAACGCACGAGUACAGCGAUACAAAGUAAGAAACAUAUCCCGGAAGCAAGGCUGGAUUCUUGUUGUCGUUUGUGUACGAAUCCGUUUCGAUCGCAUUGCCCACUGCUCUUGGUGCCGAGAACACGUGCAAACACAACCGAUGCAGAACGAAUAAAGCCAUUGGAGGAGUUACAUUUUGUCUAUUAAUCAAUUGCCGUUACCCGUGCAGAGCUGCAGAAUAUGAUGAGUUCUAAUGGGAACGCAUGAUAGACAUGAAUAGUAAAAUGGUGUGGUACGAGAACGAAACGUGGCGAUAUCAGUAAGGCUUCUUUUGCAAAUUCAACAAUGCGACUAGACCUACGCCGACCAGGUUGGGGAGAAGUUGAAUUCAAGUCCUCCAUUUCGCAUGUAGAUAAAAGCAUGCAUUAUGUAAAGAAUACCAUAUUUACAUAAAAAAAAUAUAUAUAUAUACAUUAAUCGUGUACGAUACAAGAACGAUAGAGAAGCGCAUAGAGAAACGUUGAAGAUACAUGAAUAGAUCUAGACAAAACAACAAAAAAAAACAAAUAAAAGUGGUAGCAAAAUAAGAAAUAUCGACAUAAUGAGUGCAGAAAAUAAAGGAAAUAAGAAUAUUACCGUUA